UUGACUGCCGCGCGCGCUCUAUCCGAGUUCUUUCGCGCCAAAACGCGCGUUGUUUCCCCACUCCCCGACCCUUCCCCCUUGUAUUAAAUAACCGUGUUCUCAUACUUGGAACUCUCAAUAUUCUUUCGUAUAUAUUCGUACGUUGCACAAAUCUUGUUACGAUACAAGUUCGAGUAAAAUAAACAAAUAUUGUGUGUUUGUAAAAAAGCGUGUGUUUCGGAGUUUCACGAACAGCGGGGAAGAGUCUCUCGAGAACUGGGGCUUCACGUGUGGGCUUCUCGAUCAUUUACUUUUGUGAGAAAAAAUGAAUGGGCACGAUUCUAGUUGCAUAUAAAGUGAAAUUAUAAGACCCUGGGAGAUUUUCCCUGAGGAAAACAACGUUCGUACGAAUUUUGUGAUUUUGUGACAGUUGUAUUCAUGGUGCUUCGAUAAUAUAUAUAAAAAUAUAUAUUUACUCAUGGGAUACGAAUGCAAGUGGAUAUAAAUGUGUGCGCAUUACACUAAUCAACGUGUCUAGCCCUUGUGCUGCCAACAUUUUUUCAGUUUUACCCCGUUGUUGGAUUAAACACGUGAUUUUAACGCGCGUUCGACAUUUAUACUUGAAAAUCGCUUUUGCACGUCGAGGAUCGCGUGUCCAUUAGUAGUGCUCCCGUUUGUUCAGUUUUCCAUCAAUAUUUAUUCGCUGUUUAUUCUCAAGCUGUGAUUAUCAUUGUGAAGAGUGUGUUGGGAUUUACCGAUUUUCCCUGGUUCUUGCGGGAGUUAUUGCGACGAAAAAGUUUCUUUUUUUCUUUUCAUUUGUUCAUCGUUUUUAUUUUAUAUUCGGUGGUUCGUUCGUUGUGGCAAGUGCCCGCUUUGGACGCGUGGCGGCACUGUUGCAUCGGUACUCCAUCUUACUCGUCAACAUCGAGGUGGCCACGUUCGAUCGAACUUUCUUCGAGCAAUAAAUAGAAAAAAAAACGCUAAGGAGACAAAAAAGUUUUGGGAUUUGCAGCACCGAGCUCCCGCACUUCUUUUCCGCUGAACCAGACGUGGAGCUCGAUAGAGACACGAUGACGUUGAGCUACGAGCGUAAGUGGGACUGGUAGAAAGAAAAGCGGAGGUGCACAGUGACCCCGCUCUUACGCGGCCCGAAACGAUCACCGUUCGCCGGUUAUCCUGAGUUUUCAUCAGCAUGAUGAUAGCAGCUCUUAGGAUUUUGGCGUUGAUCGCCCUCGUGUCGCGCAAUGUUGCCUGGCCGCAGGAUCCAGUACCGCGACUACACGUCAAACAUCGUGAAGUGAUUGGCCAACGUUUUCUAGGCAACGAGAGUCACGUGGAACACUUCAAGCUGCUCGAACGAGCCUCUACGUUUUUCCUGAUUGGCGCAAGAAACGCCAUUUACAACAUCAGUCUUCACGAUCUCUCAGAAAUCGCCGAUCAGAAAGUACAAUGGUCGAGCACAGGAGCCCAUCGAGAAUUGUGCUACCUCAAGGGACGCAGCGACGAUGACUGCCAGAAUUAUGUCCGGGUAUUCGGCAGACAGGGACCCGACAAGUUCCUCGCCUGCGGUACCAAUGCCUACAAACCUCAGUGUCGAGAGUUCUCGAUAAUGGACGGAGUUUACGUGGGGAGUGAUCGCGAGACGGACGGCUUGGGGCUCUGUCCGUACGACCCUCUUCACAACAGCACAGCAGUUUUUGCCGGUGGACAAUUAUAUGCAGCUACCGUCGCUGAUUUCUCGGGCGGUGAACCCUUGAUUCACAGAGAAAAAAUUCGUACCGAAAGAUCCGAUCUCAACCAGCUAAACGGCCCGAACUUCGUCAGUUCCUUCGGAUACGGAGAUUACGUAUUCUUCUUCUAUCGGGAAACCGCGGUCGAGUACAUGAACUGCGGCAAGGCCGUUUAUUCGCGGGUCGGUAGAGUGUGCCAACACGAUAAAGGUGGACCUCACGCCUUUAGCGACAGAUGGACGAGUUUCCUGAAAGCGAGACUCAAUUGCUCCGUCCCGGGGGAUUAUCCCUUCUAUUUCAACGAGAUACAAUCGACGAGUGACGUCACAGAGGGCUCAUACGCCGGACAACACAACCAAUUGAUUUACGGAGUUUUUACAACGCCCGUCAAUUCGAUAGGUGGCUCCGCCAUUUGCGCGUUUUCCAUGAGCAGCGUACUCGAUGUAUUCCAGGGUGCGUUCAAGGAACAAGAGACUAUUAACAGCAACUGGCUCCGUGUACUUCAGGAGAAAGUGCCGGAACCAAGACCCGGUGCUUGUGUUAAUGACUCGAGAACUUUGCCCGACAUCACUGUCAACUUUGUCAAAACUCAUCCUCUCAUGGACGAUGCUGUACAGUCCUUCUUCGCGCUACCGGUCAUCACCAAAGUCAGCUUCAAUUACAAAUUCACAAAGGUUGCAGUCGAUCCUCAAGUAAAAGCCCUCGAUGGCAGAACUUACGAUAUACUUUACAUAGGAACAGACGACGGACGGGUUCUGAAAGCGCUCAACACGAGGUCACCAGACUCACUCACCGAGGUUGGUCAGGUCAUAGUCAGCGACGUGCAGGUCCUCAAAUACGGCCAAGCCGUGAAAGAUCUGCAAGUGGUGCAUCUCGCCGGUGAAGCGAGUAAGUUGGUGGUAAUUGCGGAUUCGGAAAUCCGCGCAGUCCCCUUGCACUACUGUGACAGCGUGAACGCCAAUUCCUGCGUCGCUUGCGUGGCCCUUCAGGACCCCCAUUGCGCUUGGGACGCAACGACGGAUCUGUGCGUCGCGGUGCCAACGAAGCUGCACGACAACGACGCCGGGAAGACGCUUUUCCAGGACAUUCUCAGCGGCAAGCACAAAGGCUGCGGCUACGAGGAAGCAAAUGUUGCCUCGGAGAUGGCGAAGCCGGUGCCACCAGCUGUACCGCCACGAAUCGGGCGCGUAGGCGAGCAGCCUGACGAGCGAGACAAUGAAAUCGUCAUCGAGUUGGAUCGAGAAAAUCAAUACAGUCGCACGCAGCCAAGGGCUAAUGAACCUCAAGGUGUGAUAGUUACGCCGGUGGUUUAUUCGGCGCAAACGUUGACGGGUGCGCUCAUCGGCACCUGUUUCUUCUCUCUGAUCGCUGGUUUCGCGUCGGGAUUUUGGUUUUCACAAAGAUUACGAGGUGCCCCAUAUCCGGAGCCGCCAGAGCAGAGACAGCAGUUGAAUCGUUUGACGGAGAGCUCCGAGUCGCCGGCGGGCUUUAACAACAAAUCGAUAAACCUCGUGUUGAACGUCCCGCCGAAAAAUCCUAAUGGAAAAAAUGCAAAUUCCUCGGCGGAAAACAAACCGAUGCAAAAGGUUAAAAAGACAUACAUAUGA